UCCUGCUUAAGUGCGCCAUUAGUAGUUGUAACUACUAAUGGCGCACCAGGUAGUGGGUGCGCCAUUAGUAUCCAAGAUGUUCUACUCGCACCAGCUCCUCGCGCGGAAGGCGCCGCUCGGCCAGAUAUGAUGCGUCCCCUCCCCUCUCUCCCUCCCUCCCUCGCCGGCCGCCACCUCUCGCCCCCCUCGGUCACGGCCGCCGGCCGCCGAUUGCGCCCGUCCCGCGUUUUCCCGCUCGGUCCGGGGCGUUUCCGGACGCGCCCGUCUGAUCCGCUCCCAAUGCGACGGGUUCCCCGUCGCCUUGAUCUCCUCUGACGCUCCUCUGCUCCCCUGUCCCCGUCGCAGGAUGGCCGCCAUGCUCCACGCCAAGAUCAACCGCAAGCGCCUCGACAAUCUCGACAUCAUCAAAAUCUGCAAGGAGAUCCUGAACCCGUCGGUGCCCAUGGCGCUCAGGCUCUCCGGGAUCCUCAUGGGCGGCGUGGUGAUCGUGUACGAGAGGAAGGUGAAGCUUCUCUAUGAUGAUGUGUCCCGUCUUCUGAUUGAGAUCAACGAGGCAUGGAAGAUCAGGCCGGCCGUGGACCACACCGUCCUCCCCAAGGGCAAGGCUCAAGCCAAGUAUGAAGCAGUAACACUGCCAGAGAACGCGGUGGAUAUGGAGGUGGAGCAGCCCGUGUUUUUGACAGAUACUGAUACUACUAGGUUUCGCGGAAUGGUAAUCGUUGUCAUCUAUGUAUUCUGGAAGUUGAAACUGUGUUAGUCUAUUGUAUUCGGAGACUAAUAUGAUGAAUUGUAUUCAAAGACUAAUCUUCUAUUGUAUUCGAUGAAUCUGUUGUUGAUGUGUGCUGUCUAUAUUUUGUCAAAUUAUAC